UCCUCCCGUGUCAACCUAUCAACGACUGUUUGCGAAGUGGCUAGCUCCACCAAAAGUGGGUGUUAUGGACAGAUGCAGCCGCUAACAUCAGCGAAAUAAGACGCCUGUCAAAUUAUCAAUCUCUUUACAACCGCAGCCAUGUUUGGCAGGUCACGGAGCUGGGUUGGGGGACAGGGGAAAUCGAAAAAUAUCCAUUCCCUGGAUCAUUUAAAGUACAUGUACCACGUCUUGACCAAAAACACUACAGUGACAGACCACAACCGCAACCUCCUGGUGGAGACGAUACGUUCCAUCACAGAGAUCCUCAUCUGGGGGGACCAGAAUGACAGCUCUGUAUUUGACUUCUUCCUAGAAAAGAACAUGUUUGCCUUCUUCCUGAACAUCCUGCGGCAGAAAUCUGGACGCUAUGUGUGUGUUCAGCUUCUCCAGACUCUUAACAUACUCUUUGAGAACAUCAGACAUGAAACAUCUCUGUAUUACUUACUAUCCAACAACCACGUGAACUCCAUCAUCGUUCACAAGUUUGACUUUUCAGAUGAGGAGAUCAUGGCCUACUAUAUCUCCUUCCUCAAGACACUGUCGCUCAAACUCAACAAUCACACGGUGCACUUCUUCUACAAUGAGCACACAAAUGACUUCGCCCUGUACACCGAGGCCAUAAAAUUCUUCAACCACCCGGAAAGCAUGGUCCGCAUCGCAGUCCGCACCAUCACCCUCAACGUGUACAAAGUUUCAUUGGACAACCAGCACAUGCUGCACUACAUCCGAGAUAAGACAGCGGUGCCAUAUUUCAGCAACUUAGUCUGGUUUAUCGGCAGCCAUGUCAUUGAACUGGACAAAUGUGUGCAGACAGAUGAAGAGCACAAAAAUCGAGGCAAGUUAAGUGACCUGGUAGCUGAGCACCUUGACCACCUCCACUACCUGAACGACAUCCUCAUCAUUAACUGCGAAUUCCUCAAUGAUGUUUUGACUGACCACCUCCUCAACCGCUUGUUCUUACCUCUUUAUGUGUUCUCAUUGGUCAGCCAAGAAACGCAUGAAGAGCGAAAGAUCAACCCUCAGGUGUCCCUCUACUUGCUGUCACAAGUAUUUCUGAUCAUCCACUAUCAACCCCUCGUCAACGCCCUGGCCGAUGUCAUUUUCAACGGAGACCUGUCUGUCUUCAUCCCACAGACAGGCCUUCACAAUGCACAAAAAAAUACAGCUAGUUCCGGAGGGGUGCGUCGCUUUACCAAGCCACCGGAAUCUUUGGAGCGCUUGCUGGAGCUCUCCCGCCACCGUGGCCGCAAGAGAACCCAGAAGAGGCCAAACUACAAGAACCUUGGCGAGGAGGAUGAAGACACACACACCAGGGGAGGAGGAGGAGGAGGAGGAGGAGGAGGAGGGAGCAGCAGCAGCCGGGAAGGGGCAGAUGAGGGCUGGGACGAUAGCGGCCGAGGAGGCGAGGGAGGCCGAGAGAGGGAAAAGGGAAAAGGUACCGAGAUUUUAGGAACAGGUGGGAGUACUAAGGGGAGCAGAGCGAGUGGGGAGACGGCGGAAGAAAUAGAGAUGGUGGUGAUGGAGACUUGUAAGGUGUCUGAGUUGACCGAGCAGAACAUCACGGAUGAAGAGAAGACUGCGGCGGCAACGCGCACACACACGCAGAGAAGCAGGCCUUUCUUAGAAAUGGUGUACAGUGCCCUGGACUGCACCAAUGACGACUACCAUGCCCUGUUUGUCCUCUGCCUGCUCUAUGCAGUUUCACACAGCAAAGGUAUAAACAGUGACCUUCUGGAGCGACUGCAGUUGCCAGUCCCUGACCAGGAAAGAAGCUCGUACAGUUUGGUACUUGCCGAGAGGUUGAUCAGAGUCAUGAGCCAGGCAGCACAACCAGAUGGUCGAGUUCGUCUAGCGACUCUGGAGCUCAGCUGCCUUUUGUUAAAGCAGUCCGUGUUGUCUGGAAGUCCGUGCAUCAUCAAAGAUGUUCAUCUGGCCUGCCUGGAGGGGGCGAGAGAGGAAAGCUUGCACUUGCUGCGGCGAUUUUACAAGGGCGAGGAGAUCUUUCUGGACAUGUUUGAAGAUGAAUACAGGAGUAUGACGAGUAAACCGCUUAACGUGGAGUAUCUCAUGAUGGAUGCCUCCAUACUCCUGCCACCCACCGGCACACCUCUGACUGGCAUCGACUUUGUUAAGAGGCUCCCUUGUGGGGAUGUGGAGAAGACGCGGAGGGCCAUACGUGUGUUUUUCAUGCUGCGGUCACUAUCGCUGCAGCUUCAAGGAGAACCGGAGACUCAGCUGCCGCUGACCAGACCUGAAGACCUUAUUAAGACUGAUGAUGUCUUAGACCUCAAUAACAGCGACUUAAUAGCAUGUAUGGUGGUCAGUAAAGAUGGCGGCCAGGCUCAAAGGUUCCUCGCCGUUGAUGUUUAUCAGAUGAGUUUGGUUGAACCAGAAACCAAACGCCUCGGAUGGGGUGUCGUCAAGUUUGCCGGCCUGUUGCAGGACAUGCAGGUGUCUGGCGUGGAAGAUGACAGCCGAGCUUUAAACAUCAUCAUCCACAAGCCCAGCUCCAACCCCCACGCCAAGCCGCUGCCGAUCCUCCAGGCCAACUUCAUCUUUGCCGACCACAUCCGCUGCAUCAUCGCCAAGCAAAGGCUCGCCAAAGGCCGCAUCCAAGCACGACGCAUGAAAAUGCAGAGAAUAGCAGCUCUUUUGGACCUGCCUGUGCAGCCAAGUACGACGGAGGUGCUGGGUUUCGGACAGACGGCCAACGCAUCCCCCGGCGGUCUCCCUUUCCGUUUUUAUGAGCAGUCACGGCGAGCGCCCAAUGAUCCCACGGCCAGCAGAGCCGUCUUCGCCUCGGUUGAUAAAGUCCCCGGCUUCGCAGUGGCUCACUGUGUCUCGCAGCACACCCCCUCUCCUCUCUCUUCCCCUUCAACUCCCUCCAGUGGGAGUGGAAGCACGGGACGAUGCGACUCGGUGACGACGAGCACCAUUUCAGCUCAAAGCCCUGCAGAUGACGGCACCUUCUUGGAGAGCACUCCUCCGUCCUCGUCAUGCGGAGAAGGCGAGGGAGGCGGCCCGCCGCCGACUCUGGCCCCCAGCCUCACCCCGGCCUCCCAGCCCACAAUCUCCCUCCUCACCGACAGCAACGCCGACACCCUGAGCGUGGAAUCGCUGACGUUGCUGCCCCCUGCGGACUCGCCGCACCUCCACCCCUGCGCCAAUCCCCUCGCCGCCCCCGCCUCCUUUCUCAUGAGACUGGAUGAGGACAGCGAUGCCGAGAAAGAGGAAGAAGCAAGGGAAAGUGAGCCUGAGGAACAAGUCUCGCCGACAGAGCGCCCCGAGACCGAUGAGACGUUAAGGGCGGAUCCGAAUUUGGAAGCGCUCAUACCCACCCGUGACGCUGUCGAGGAUCCGCUGGGGGAAUAUGAGCCAGAGGGGGAGGCCUCUGUGGGGAGAGACUCGCCUCAGCCGAAUGAAGAUGAAAAAGAUAAUGGCGACGAGCACACGGAAACACCUGACUCACCCGAAUUGGACUAAAAACACAUUUCCCACACAUCCCAGACGACCGCGAAGCGUUGAACCGCCCGGCUUGGCUGCGGGCUGUUUCCGCGCUGCGACCUGCUGGCGGCACGCGACGUCGAAAUGGCCAUUGAAGCCUUUCCAUUUGCACACAAAGAAAACCUGUGGAAAAGACUCAGACUGACGGAGCUGGUGGAAGACUCAAAGCACAUUUGGGCUCAUCGGUUUCACAUACCUGAGUUUGUGGCACGCGUCAAAGCGUGUAACCAGCAGUUUGGUUUGUGGGGUUUUUUUUUUAACUCUUGAUUGAUGGCAUUGUCACAUGCGUUACUGCUGAGGUUUUCAAAGAUCCGAUCUAUUUUGUAUGUCUUAUAUUCACAUAUGCCACUGUUUUUGGAGACAAACGCACACUGCUGCACAAGCCUUUCAUGCACUAUUGUUUGUGUAAAAACUCCAAGGAUUCAUUCAUCAUGGAUGUACCGUAUGUGUGCUACGUCUGGUUAAUGUCUUAAUUAGACGACCGUAUGCGAAGUUCUCACAUUAUUUCCCACUCAUGUAGUUGUACUUCUGCUUCAAAAUGGCCCCCCAGUUCAAAGUCAGAGUCGUUUAAAAAAAAAAAAAAAUCCUGGCCUCUUCCUGGAAUCUGUUACACUUUCCAAGUUUUUGGGGGAACCGCUCCAGGCAGUCGAGAGUGCAUUAUCACUCACAUCUGCGAAAGUCAUCUUCAGCUCCAGAUUCUUCCUUGUCAUGUGCUUUAUUUGGAAGGCUGCUGGCAUAAUAAGAUGAUCCGCAGCAGCCUGUUCGGCAUCAUGUGAAAGAGCACGACUGGCGAUAACGCGUCGCCGCACACCACUUGAAGUGGUUGAAUCAUUCAAGUUGCUUUUUUGUCCAACCUGGUGUCACAUGAAGCCAACUUUGAGUCCUCACGCUCGCGCUGAUUAACCGAUAAGGAUGGCAAGAAUAUCUUAAGUGUUAUUCCCCUCCCCCCUCCCCCCAAAAAAACAAAAGAUAUGCUUAUCACCAGGCCUUUUGGAGUAGCUAGCAACAUCCUCAUGAUUUAAUAUAGCAGCUCGAGUAUUUUGCAGAGCAUCUCUUUACAACGGCAAUAAACAGAAGGUUUUGUCAAGGUCAAAAACGAAUGUAACGCACAACUUGACCCUCUCCGCGGCGUUAACUUGGGUGUCUUUAGUGUGUUUUAAGGUUUUAUUUGUAAAAAACAAAAAUAUUUGACUUUUCAGCUCCAUCGCUCAUCUUUUGUGCCAUGAUCUAGCUUCGUCAUCUGAAACUCCUCACUGUCGAUUUAGGAAUGGAGAAAUUGAAAGCAAUACGCUCUCUCCCUGCUCAUCUUGCUGCUGUAAAUAGCACCGGAGUGAUCGUGAGAGUAUG